UAAUUAUCUCCGAACCAAACUCCUCUCUCUCUCUCUCUCUCUCUCUCUCUCUCUCUCUAACCUUUCUUCCAUGGCCGGGAAAGUCAUGCAGGCGGUCGAGUACGCCGGUUACGGCGGGGGAGUUGCCGGCCUGAAGCAUGUCAAGGUUCCAAUUCCUUCACCAAAGAAAGAUGAGAUUUUGUUAAAGCUGGAAGCAACAAGUAUAAAUCCAGUUGAUUGGAAAAUUCAGAAAGGAAUGCUUCGACCAUUUUUGCCAUCCAAAUUUCCCUUCAUACCAUGUGCUGAUGUUGCAGGAGAAGUUACUGAGGUAGGUCCUGGAGUGGGCUCCUUUAAAGCAGGUGACAAAGUCGUUGCCAUGCUUAACUUUCAGAAUGGUGGCGGGCUCGCCGAGUUUGCUGCAGCGCCAGUGGCCCUUACAGUCAGUAGGCCUUCUGAAGUAUCUGCAGCUGAAGGUGCCAGCUUGCCUACAGCUGCUGUUACUGCCCUCCAGGCACUGAAGUCUGGUGGGACCAAGUUCAAUGGUGCUAAUGGGCCAUCAAAUGUCCUGAUCACUGCUGCCUCUGGUGGUGUGGGACAUUAUGCUGUCCAGCUUGCCAAGCUUGCAAACCUCCAUGUGACGGCUACCUGCGGUGCUCGUAACAUAGAGCUUGUGAAGAGUCUAGGUGCAGAUGAGGUGCUGGACUACAAGACUCCAGAUGGUGCAAGCUUGAAGAGCCCAUCAGGCAGGAAAUAUGAUUCAGUGAUCCACUGCGCUACCGGCAUUGGCUGGUCCACCUUUGAGCCUAAUUUGACUACUAAUGGAAAGGUCAUCGACAUAACUCCGACUUUCAAGAGUAUGGUUGCUUUUGUCUUAAAAAAGGUGACCUUCUCCAAGAAGCAGCUGGUGCCCUUGCUAUUAGCGCCAAAGGGGGAGGACUUGAAGUUUGUGGUAGAUUUGGCGAAGGAAGGUAAGCUCAAGACAGUGGUGGAUUCAAGGCAUCCUUUGAGCAAAGCAGAGGAGGGUUGGGCUAAGAGCAUAGAUGGUCAUGCUACAGGGAAAAUCAUCGUGGAAAUGUGAACGAUCUUCAAGCAUUGAUGCCUCCAUACAUCUAUAGGAAAAUAUGAGGACUGUGUGGUUGCUGUUGUCAUUUGAAGCUGUUGUUCUAUUGUAUGUGUGGUGCAGGACUAGUUUAGAGACUCUUGGUUCUUGCAUGUAUCAGUAACUGCAUACUAUUUCUGAAAGACGGGCCUUGCUUCAUCAAUUUCAGGCUUAAUAAAUUAUUAAUUUGGCUGAAAA